AAUUAGAGUAAUGUUCUUAACAGCACAGUUUAGAUAAAACAGGGUGAUUACGGUGGCCGAGAAAACCAUACGUAAACAAUUAAUCACAAACUAUUUCAGUAAAUGGAAUCUACGUUAAAUAACAAAGGGCAAUGGAGGAUAUAUGCCGAGUUUGCUUGGGAAACCGCGAUGGCAUGGUCAACAUAUUCGAAGGCACACCAGGACUGGGUCCUUCAAUUCCGGUCAUGAUUGCCCAGUGGUCCGGCUACGAGGUUGUGAAAGGCGACUCCCUACCGGAACUCAUUUGCCCAAGCUGCCUGGAGGAUGCGCACAUUGAAUUCUAUAAGCAGCAGACCUCCAAGAUAGGCCACCAAUUCCUGUCCCAAGUUAAAGUGGAAGACACCGAGGAGAACUCGCAGGAUGAGUUUUGGAAGGUUUCAAACUACGCGAGUGGAAAAUCAAAUUCUAGUCAAGAGAUAGAUUGCCCAGAUAAUAUAAAAGAAGAAGAUUCAUAUUUAACUGAUGAAAGGAAUGGACAUCAAUUCCAUCAUCUGCAAAAGAUCAUUGAAACUGGUCAAUCAGAUGACUAUUUUAAAGACGAUGAAAAUAGCGAAAUAUCAGUCGGCGAAAAUUUUCAAUCCGAUUCAGAUAUUAGAGAGGAUAAAGCUACUGCACCUGAUCUAUCUAACUGCCAUAUUCAAGAGGACAACUUCGGAGAUGUAGUUACAUCAGAAGACGAAAUUGAUAAAGCCGAUGGAGAGCUCAAAUGUGUUGUUAAGACUGAUGUUUCAGAACCUUGUAUACCAAAGACGUUUUUAUUGCGUGACGAUAAUCAUGAACGACCCCACAAUUGUUCCCAAUGUGGAAAAUCCUUUGCGCGCUACUGUAGUUAUAGGAACCACCUCAGGACUCACGCCAAAGAAGACAUUGACUCUCCUACAGACCAUAAUCAACAUAUUGACACAUUUCAAAAGACAAAAAAACCUCAAGAUCAGAAUAGAUCACCUUCUAAACGCAACGAACGUGUUAAAUCGGCUGGCCGUAAAUAUACGUGCACAUAUUGCCCUAAAUUUUUUUUGGGAAAAAGUGCUCUUGCAAAACAUUUGCGUGUCCACACGGGAGAACGUCCGUACAAAUGUAGUCUUUGUCCGAAGGCAUAUAAGCAAAACGUCGAUCUAAAGCGACACAUUGUUUCUCACACCACGAGAAAACAAUUCAAGUGUAAUCUAUGCGAAAGUACUUUCUUUAGUAACACCACCUAUGAGUUGCACAUGCGGAAACAUGAGGGAGUAGUGCCUUAUAAAUGUGACAUAUGCCAAAGAGUUUUUAAGUUUUAUACUGAUCUAAAGAUACACAUCCAAUCUCACAACGACGAACUACCAUACUCAUGCAAUCGAUGUUCCCAAGCUUAUAAGAAAUCAAACGAUCUUAGAAAACAUUUAUUGACACACGACCAGGAUGCUCAGACUGGCAUAAAAGUUCGGAAUUUCAAAGAAGUUAAAUGUACUCAUUGCCACAAGAAGUUUGCGAAUAAACAUAGAUUACAGGUGCAUACCAGGAUACACACUGGAGUCGAGCCGUAUAGAUGUGAUAUCUGCAAAAAGACCUUCAAGUAUGCUACAUCACUGAAAGUGCACACUAUAACUCACACAGGCGAACGACCCUUCGAGUGCGACUACUGCUCAAAGGCUUUUGGUCAACAAAUCGAUUUAUAUCGCCACAUCCGGAUCCACACGAGGGAAAGACCCCACAAGUGUAACCAGUGCGAGAGCGCCUUUAUGAGACACUCUCGCCUCAAAGCACACCUUCUUGUGCACUCGGAGGAAAGGCCGCAUAAGUGCACCCAAUGCCAAAAGCGAUUCAAGGUGUCGUCAAGUCUUAGUCGGCACAUGAGGACUCACACGGGCGAGAAACCCUAUAAGUGUGAUCAUUGUCCGAAGGCUUUCGCAGAUGCCAGAACUCUUAGGAACCACAUCCAGAAUCAUUUGGGAAUUUUUAUAGACAUGGAAGCUAUAUGUCGCAUUUGCUGGUCGGACCACGACGAACUGGUCAAUAUAUUCGAUGAAAUGCCAGGACCUGGACCCUCGAUUCCGGAUAUGAUUGCCCAGUGGUCCAAGUAUCCAGUUUUUAAAGGGGACUUCUUUCCCGAACAUAUUUGUCCAACUUGUCUGGAAGAUGUGAAGACUAAAUACAAGGUGCCAAUGACCUUAAAUUCCCCAAGGAUCGAACCUGCUGAUUUUGAUGAUACCGAAGAAUCAAAUUACCAUGCUCAAGAACAAACCUAUUGCUCUAGUCUGCAAACUAAAGAUGCGCUUGGGGACCAUAUUGAUUCGGAUUCGAAUGACAAGAAAGACACUUGUGUAAAACAACAUAAAUGUAAUGACUGCUUAAAGGCCUUCCGGUUCAAAAACCAACUUACAAUGCACAUUCGGACUCAUACGGGAGAGCAGCCGUACCAGUGUCCACUCUGCUACUGUGCGUUUAAGCAAAAACACCAUCUUCUACGACAAAUGAUCGUUCACACAAGGAAGGACCAUACAAAUGCUUUAUAUGCCAAAGGGCCUUUAAGAGACAAUCUCUUCUCGAAACUCAAAAUUGAAUUCACUACUGAUCUGUGCGUGGAAAAUGGAAUUCAAACAUGCCCUCCUAUUUCACACAACACUCCGUGAUUUAAUAUAUAUAUAAUAUAUAGUAUAAUAUAAAUAAAUAAUAAAAAAAACUUUUUUACUCAAAAUCGCAUAAGAUUUAUUGUUCGAUAACAUUUAAACUAGUUUUCAAUACUCGACAUUUGCUUUAAAAUUCAACAAAAUUAAAAUAGAAGGAGAGCCCUCCUUAAUUAUUGCUACAUAACGUACUCGUAAACAAUGCAAUGAAUUAAAAAUAAGUUAGCACACUUAGAAGUUUAGAUGAUUCUGAUCGAAGGUGAUGCAUGAGUUGCUCCUACAGGCUAGACAAAUGUAAAUAUAACCGAAUACAAGAGAGGUU